UCUCGCGGGAAACAACGGCUCCAAGGUGGACGAAUGGCCAUUAAUGACUGGUGACUUUGGAAAACAUGUGUUUUACUUUAAUUUAUUAAUUAAAAACAGGGCAACUAUUAAUUAUUUAAUACAAAAACGUACGAACCCUAUCUCUUUGCCUGUCUCCUUGUUGAGGAGUAAAAAAGGCUACCGAACAAGGGAACUUGAGGCAGCGAAUUUUACACACAGAGGCAUGAGCUGCAUCCGAUAUGGUGAGGGAGGAAAGGGUAUGGCGGAUGGUGGGUGUUCUGUAUCUAGCAUCGAAGGUGUUCACGAUUCAUACAUCGUUGUAAUCUCUGGACGGUGGAUUAUGUACGACACUGGUGACUGGGAUUUUAAACUUGAUAGCGACCGUAUGGGGAGGGCUGUCUAUGCGAAGUUGAUAACUUCUGUUGAAGACUUGAAGCGGGCCAUUAUUGAGUCAUACGGUUUAGUUGGAAUGUCUGUUACCGUUGAGAUGUCAUAUUGGCUUGGUGAACACGGAUCUUGUGCUGUUGGUGAAAGAGAAGCUCCUGUUCAAAUUUCCAAAGAUAAGGAUUUCGACUUGUUUACUUCGGCACGUAAGGUGGACAAGUACAUCAACGUAUUUGUCACAUUCAAAGAGGAAAUAGAUGGGAAAAUCCAUUUUCUGAGGCCAAUGGGGAAUCUUUUGAAGUCCAAAGAAGUUGCCAGCAGCAACGAAAUGCAAGUUGGGAGCACGUCUGCUGAUGUGCAUACCCGGAAUGAAGUUAAUGACGGUGAGACUGAUUUGACCGAAGAUGAAAUAAUUCUGAUGGGAAUCGCGGAAAUUGAAGCAGUUUAUGCCUCAAAUGGUUUUGGGAUGCGUGAAGUGGAUGGAACUGCAUGUGAAGUUCAAAAUAAAGUGGAGACGACUGAAGAUGCUGCGUUAGGGGAAGGCGAAGAUGCCGACGAUGAGGAUUAUGAUUACAAUUUAUGGCAUGAUUUUGUUGCACGAAAUUGCGAAUAG